AGGACCAGGGGAGGGAGCUGUGACCGGGGACGGGGACCCCGGCGGGACGCAAUCCGGGCGUCGGUGGGGCAGGGGCAGCGCCUGGGACUCCCAGACCCAGAGCAGGGUGACCUCGGUUCGCGCACAUUCCCAGGCCCUGAGCGCGGCGCCCGGAAUAGCAGCCCCAGGGUAGAGGGAGGCGGUCAGUCCCCGCGCCGCGCCCCCGCCCGAGACUGCCAAGGUCACCGGGACCCGGGCGCCCGACACUAGCCCGCGGCUCCGGGGCCCCUGCGCUUCGGCAGUCCCCUGCCGCAGAUCCGCGCCCGCCGCGCGAGGGCGCCCGGGGCCGCCGCCCCUCCUGACCCGGGCCUGGGCGCGCCUGCGGAGGACGCGGUGGGAGGGGCCGCCCCAGUCUCGCACCCGCCCGGCACCUCGGGCCCCGCCGCUUCCGCUCGCCCUGGGGCCGCUCAGGGAGCCGGGACGCGCUGCCUGGGCUCCGCGCAGUCGGCCGGGGUCACGAGGAGGGUGUGGAUGGCAAGUGACUUCAUCCCUGCCCGACAGAUGGAGAAACUAAGGCCCAGAGAGGCAGUCAGCUUCCUCCCCUUCCCUGCUCCAGCCUCAGCAGUGGCCCCUUCCCUCCACGGGCCGCCCCGGCGCUCAGUCCCACCCCCUCCGCUGAUGAGGCCAUGAGGCACCGACUGGAUCCGGGCCAAGUCACCCCUCCCUGUCCCAUCCCCAAUCCGGGGGGCUCUCUGCUGUGUGGAAGCUGAGGGAGCCCUGGGGCCACGGUGCAGCUGGGGGCCUCUUCCAGGGACCCAACUCCUGAUCCAGCCUCUGCUGGCCGUACCUUCUGCAGUGUCACAGAAUCAUGGACUGAAUCCACUCGGCCCCCACUGCACAGAUGGGGAAACUGAGGCCUGGGAGAGUGGAGUGGCUGGCCUCAGUCCACACGGAAAGGCCCCGCCUCUUCCAGAACCUCCUGCUCCUCCUGUGGGCCCUGCUGAACUGCGGUUUGGGGGUCAGUGCUCAGGGUCCGGGUGAAUGGACCCCGUGGGUGUCCUGGACCCGCUGCUCCAGCUCCUGCGGGCGUGGCGUCUCCGUGCGCAGCCGGCGCUGCCUCCGGCUUCCUGGGGAAGACCCGUGCUGGGGAGACUCCCAUGAGUACCGCCUCUGCCAGUUACCAGACUGCCCCCCAGGAGCUGUGCCCUUCCGAGACCUACAGUGUGCCCUGUACAAUGGCCGCCCUGUCCUGGGCACCCAGAAGACCUACCAGUGGGUGCCCUUCCAUGGGGCGCCCAACCAGUGUGACCUAAACUGCCUGGCCCAGGGGCACGCCUUCUACCACAGCUUCGGCCGCGUCCUGGAUGGCACCGCCUGUAGCCCAGGUGCCCAGGGGGUCUGCGUGGCUGGACGCUGCCUUAGCGCCGGCUGUGAUGGGUUGCUGGGCUCGGGUGCCCUCGAGGACCGCUGCGGCCGCUGUGGAGGCGCCAACGACUCGUGCCUUUUCGUGCAGCGCGUGUUUCGUGACGCCGGUGCCUUCGCUGGGUACUGGAACGUGACCCUGAUCCCCGAGGGCGCCAGACACAUCCGCGUGGCGCACCGGAGCCGCAACCACCUGGCGCUGAUGGGGGGCGAUGGGCGCUACGUGCUUAACGGGGACUGGGCGGUCAGCCCGCCGGGGACCUACGAGGCGGCUGGCACGCAUGUGGUCUACACCCGUGACACAGGACCUCAGGAGACAUUGCAAGCAGCCGGGCCCACCUCCCACAACCUGCUCCUACAGGUCCUCCUGCAGGAGCCCAACCCUGGCAUCGAGUUUGAGUUCUGGCUCCCUCAGGAGCGCUACAGCCCCUUCCAGGCUCGGGUGCAGGCCCUGGGCUGGCCCCUGCAGCAGCCGCAGCCCCGGGAGGUGGAGCCUCAGCCCCCCGCAGCCCCUGCUGUCAUCCCUGCACGGACCCCAACCCUGGCCCCAGACCUCUGCCCACCCUGCCCUGACACCCGAGGCCGCGCCCACCGACUGCUCCACUAUUGCGGCAGUGACUUUGUGUUCCAGGCCCGAGUGCUGGGCCGCCACCGCCAGGCCCAGGAGACCCGCUACGAGGUGCGCAUACAGCUCGUCUACAAGAACCGCUCGCCACUGCGGGCCCGCGAGUACGUGUGGGCGCCAGGCCACUGCCCCUGCCCGAUGCUGGCACCCCACCGGGACUACCUGCUGGCUGUCCAGCGCCUUGUGAGCCCCAACGGCACACAGGACCGGCUGCUGCUGCCCCAUGCCGGCUACGCCCGGCCCUGGAGCCCCGCGGAGGACAGCCGCAUACGCCUGACUGCCCGACGCUGUCCUAUCUGAGCCCUGGCCACACACAGCAAGAAAGAUACAUCUGACCAGUCUCAACGUCAGCGUAUUUCCCCUCUCGCCCUGGCUUCCAGGCAUCUCUGAAAUAUGUCCCACCUGUGCAGCUAUGUGACUCCCUGCCGCACACACUUAGACACCUCUGCAUGCAGUUGGAGUCACUGUCACAAGCUGGCAGGCACUGGUGAGGAGACACUGACGAGACUCUUUUAUUUCGCCUCUCUCCUUGGCUGCCAGGAAGCUCAUAGCUAUUUUUUUUUUUUGAGAUGGAGUCUCGCUCUGUCGCCCAGGCUGGAGUGCAGUGGCUGGAUCUCAGCUCACUGCUAGCUCCGCCUCCUG